AUGCUGAUUCAACGACUUUCAGGAACGCUGGAUCCACUUUUCGCCUUGAGGAACAUCGAGAUCAUAGACCUCUCGUCGAAUGUCCUGUCCGGAAGCAUUGCCGAAGCGAUUGGAUCACUCUCAACGUUGAAGCAACUGUUCUUGAGCGAAAAUCGAUUAACAGGUUCCAUACCUGGUUCGCUUUCUUCGCUCGGAGAGCUAAGCGUGCUGUGCCUCGACGGCAACGCGCUGUCGGGGGCCUUAUCGCCUGGAAUUGGCUCCAUGUCAACGCUUACGGUGCUGGCUCUGCAGGACAACAAGCUCAACGGUCCUAUUCCUGAUCUUCGCGGUCUUACCGCAUUGCGUAGCUUGGACCUGUCGCGCAACCGUUUCGAGGGAACGGCACCUUCGCUCUCUACUCUAUCGGGGCUAAGAGUGUUCGCUUGCCAGGGUCCGGGGUACGGGAAGGGGCGGCUGUCGGGGGGACUCAGUUCCAUACUCAACACCAAAACCUCAGGUAGUGUACUGCAGCUGGUUCGGUUGGACCUUUCCAGUCACGUUUUGAGCGGAGACCUUCCGCUGGGCCUCCGAGCACUUCACCUACUGGAGAUCCUGAUUAUCUGUGAGAACAACCUGAAAGGGCUACUGCCGAAGUGGUUGGGCGAGCUCGGUUUCUUGCGCUACGUCGACCUUUCGGUCAACUUGCUCCAAGGGCCAGUACCAGUAAGCCUGGCUGAACUGCCUCAUCUCGAGACCCUUUUGCUUCAGGACAACGCCCUGGACGGUGAACUUCCGCACGGAUUUGCUGCCGCACUUCAGUCCAGAGGGAUACGGAGGUUCAAAUUCGACGGCCACAGGAAGAGGACGGGAAGCGCCCGGCGGGCUACGGUCGUGGAAACGUACAGGUCACCCCCAACGGGAAGUAGUAAAAAGGGGGAGAAGGAAUACUCCGGCUUCCUCGUGCGGCCACUUGAGGACAGCGAGGAGAACAAUGAGCACAGUGUGGAAAGCAAUGCGCUCACCAACGAACGAACAAGCGGAACAAGCUUGGCAACUGGUACGGAUGAGGAGCGAGAAUCCCCCCAAACGAGCCGUCGUGACACCGACCUCUUCUAG